AUGGACCACGAGGAGUACAGAAGGAAAGACAACAUGGAACACGGAGAGUACAGAAGGAAAGACACCAUUGAACACGAGAAGUACAGAAGGAAAGACAACAUGGAACACGAGGAGGACAGAAGGAAAGACAACAUGGAACACGAGAAGUACGGAAGGCAAGACAACAUGGAACACGAGGAGUACAGAAGGAAAGACAACACGGAACACGAGGAGUACAGAAGGAAAGACAACAUUGGAACACGAGGAGUACAGAAGGAAAGGCAAAAAUGGAACACGAGGAGUACAGAAGGAAAGACAACAUUGGAACACGAGGAGUACAGAAGGAAAGACAACACGGAACACGAGGAGUACAGAAGGAAAGACAACAUUGGAACACGAGAAGUACAGAAGGAAACACAACAUUGGAACACGAGGAGAACAGAAGGAAAGACAACAUGGAACACGAGGAGUACAGAAGGAAAGGCAACAAUGGAACACGAGGAGUACAGAAGGAAAGACAACAUUGGAACACGAGAAGUACAGAUGGAAAGACAACAUUGGAACACGAGGAGUACAGAAGGAAAGACAACAUGGAACGCGGAUAGUACAGAAGGAAAGACAACAUGGAACACGAGGAGUACGGAAGGGAAGACAACAUUGGAACACGAGAAGUACAGAAGGAAACACAACAUUGGAACACGAGGAGAACAGAAGGAAAGACAACAUGGAACAGGAGGAGUACAGAAGGAAAGACAACAUGGAACACGAGGGGUACAGAAGGAAAGACAACAUGGAACACGAGGAGGACAGAAGGAAAGACAACAUGGAACACGAGGAGUACGGAAGGGAAGACAACAUUGGAACACGAGAAGUACAGAAGGAAAGACAACAUGGAACACGAGGGGUACAGAAGGAAAGACAACAUGGAACACGAGGAGAACAGAAGGAAAGACAACAUGGAACAGGAGGAGUACAGAAGGAAAGACAACAUGGAACACGAGGAGUACAGAAGGAAAGACAACAUGGAACACGAGGAGUACGGAAGGAAAGACAACAUUGGAACACGAGAAGUACAGAAGGAAAGACAACAUUGGAACACGAGGAGUACAGAAGGAAAGGCAACAAUGGAACACGAGGAGUACAGAAGGAAAGACAACUAUGGAACACGAGGAGUACAGAAAGAAAGACAACUAUGGAACACGAGGAAUUUACUGUCUACCCAAGAGGUAUACAAAAAGAAAGACAACAACAACAGGAGCCGAGGACGUGAAAAUACAACGAAACAAAAACACAAGGAAACCAGUAAUCAAGGGGAAGAGAAAGAACAAUGGGAAAGACAUCAACAACAGAAACCAAGGACGUGAAAAUACAACGAAACCAAACACAACGAAACCAGAACGGAAAGGCGUCAAAGAGCAUGACUUGCCAUGUUUCUUAAAGGAACGGAGAGGCGUCAAAGAGCAUGACUUGUCAUGUUUCUUACAGGAACAAAGAGGCGUCAAAGAGCAUGACUUGUCAUGUUUCUUACAGGAACAGAGAGGCGUCAAAGAGCAUGACUUGUCCUGUUUCUUAAAGGAACGGAGAGGCGUCAAAGAGCAUGACUUGCCAUGCUUCUUAAAGGAACGGAAACGAGUCAAACGGCCAAGAUUUAUCAUCGUUUUUUUACAGGAUCGGAGAGGCGUCAAAUGGCAUGACUUGUCAUGUUUCCUAAAGGAACGGAGAGGCGGAAGGACACGAUUUGUCAUGUUUCUUACAGGAACGGAAAGGUGUCAAAGGGCAUGA